UGUCUAUGGGCAAGUAAUAUCUGUCACUUUAAACUUUUCGGUUUAUAAUGUUUUGUUAAAAAAAAAAGGCAAAAUAAUGAAAAUAAUUGAACAAAAUUGACAUAAUGUUUAAAUGUUGAUCAUAGAUUUUCUAUUUUUCUUAUCAUAGAGCAGCUGUCAUUUUGAAUACAAACAUUAUUGCGGCGUGACGUUCGUCUCUCUCAUCGUAUAAAAUUUUUUUAGUGAUUUUUUUUUUCAAUAAAAUAAUAAAAGAAAAAAUCCCAAUUUUUUUUUAUAAAUUAAAAAAUAAAUCAUCAUUUUGCAAAAAAAAGAAGAAUAAAUGGCUCCAUCGUGCUUUGAAGUGAUUAUUGUUGUUUUUAUUCUUGUGUUACCAUUUCUCUACGAAACAAGCCGGACAUUCCGAUAUUAUUUCAAGUUUUCCAUUUAUUAUGGUUUUGUUAUGUUUAAUUCGGUAUUGUUAAUACCAUUCUUUUGUUUCCGUGCUUUCAACGUUCGAAAUUUGGUUGUUGCUUCGAGUUUUUGUCAUCAUGCAAGUUAUUUACUUGGAUUACGUUGGGAAUUAAGGGGAAGGGAAAAUUUGGAGAAAGAACAGGCAUGUGUAAUUGUUGCAAAUCAUCAAAGUUCCUUGGAUGUUUUAGGAAUGUUUGAUAUAUGGCCAGUUAUGGAUAAAUGCACUGUUAUUGCAAAAAAAGAAAUUUUAUACGCCUGGCCUUUUGGAAUUGCCGCAUGGCUAAGUGGUCUUAUUUUUAUUGACAGAAUAAAUUCGGAAAAAGCACGUAGCGUAAUUAAUUCAUCAAUCAAAACUAUCAAAGAGAAUAAGAUAAAAUUAUGGUUUUUUCCUGAGGGUACAAGACGUAAUACUGGUGUAAUUCAUCCUCUUAAAAAAGGUGCCUUUUAUGUUGCUAUCAAUUCACAAUUACCCGUGCUGCCUGUUGUAUUGUCUUCUUAUUAUUUUCUUUGUAAAGAAGAAAAACGUUUUGAUUCUGGACGAAUAAUUAUCACGACUUUGCCUCCAAUUUCAACGGAAGGUUUAAGUAAAGAUGAUGUCGAAUCAUUAAUGGAAAAAACCAAAGAAAUGAUGAUGGAAACGUUACGCGUGACAAAUUUGGAAAUACAACAAUCAUUGGCAACGAAUACAUAACAAAAUUAUUGAUUUAAAUUUAAUUUAUUGAAUGACGGUAAGGUAAACUUGGAAAAGAGGAAAAAUGAUAAAUUCUUAAAUAAUAAUGUUAAAGGAGACGCAAUAUAAUAUAUCUAUUAUAGAUAAUUAUAACAUCUCCAUGACGGAACCAAAGACUUAAAUCCAAUUUUACCAAGUACUGAUUUACAAGAGAUAGGGAUUUCCAUUUUUUAAAAAUGUCAAGGUCUUCGAAUAAAAUAACAUUUUCUAGUUUUUAUCUCAUUACAUUUUUUUUAACAUUCGAAACGAAUCUUGCAUAAGAGAAUAAUUUUGAAAAUAAUACUUUUUUUUAUAUAUAUUAACGUGAUAUAAAUACUUCCUCUUUCUCUAAAAUUUUAAAAUUUAUUAUUUUUAUUAUUUCGAUUAUGUCAAAAAAAAAAAGAUUCGUUUCAAUGACCAAAUAUCUAUGUAAAUCGUACAAAUUACUUCGUAAAAUGCAAAUAAUUAUUAUUAUAUACCGUCAAAGCACAAAUCAAAGUUGACUUGCAAUAUCUAAUCUUAAAAAGAUUUUUUUUCAAAUUUUCUAUUCGUAUAACUAUAUAAUAUUUAAAGAAAACAACAUUCUUUCGAUAAUAAAAAUUUAUUUAUGAUUUGUUGAAAUCAGCUAAUAAUUUAUAAAUUGAGUAUUACGAAACCAAUGUUUUAAAGUAUUAGUAAAAUUUAGAAUUUUUCAUACUUUUCAAUAUCACAAUUUGUGAGUAUAAAUAAUUAUUGAAAAAUUGAUUUAAUUUUGAAAGUAGAAAAAAUGUCAAGGACAUUAGUCAAUUAUAAUGUUUCGAUUUAAAAAAAAAAUAAUUAAAAAUGUUUAAUUAUAUUUAUGAUUUUCAAUUGCAAUAAUUACAGUAAUUAUUAAAAUAUAAUAUACAUUAAUUUAUUUUUUAUUUUAAUUACGAUUAAUUAAAUUUAUAAUUAAUCGACUUAAAACUGAUAUUAUUUGUUAAGUAAAUGAGGCAACAUUUUUUUUUGUUUUUUUUUUUUUUUUUUUUGAAAUGUGCUGUGACUAUCGUUACCAUUAAAAACGUUUGACGAUUAACUUUGGUAAUUUAUAUGUAAUUAUAUGUAAGUCAGUGUUGGGUAGUAAUUGGUUUCUUUUACCUAAUUAAAAAAAAACAAUUACUUUCUUAAGUAAUCAAUUUAUUUUAUAAAAAGAUUUCAAUUAUUGUUUUAUUUUUCUUAUCAACUUAUUUAUCGUUUUUAACAGGAAAAUUUUUUUUUCAAAAAAAACAAGUAAAUUGUAACAAUUGUUUUUGUUGCAAAACUAACUACUUUUAAAAAAAAAGUAAAUUACCCAACACUGAUUAGUUUAUUGAAAAAAAAUUACCAAAAAGAAAAUACAAUUAUUUAAAUUAAAAUUGUAAAUUGAUUUACAUUUUAUAAAAAAUUAAAAUUUGUAACCAAAAUAAUUGACAAUUUUAAGAAUUAAAUAAAAUGAAAAGAAAUGGACUUGCUCUAAUUUCUAUAAGCACUGAUGAAAAAUUAACACUUGCAAAUCGCUCAAAUGUGAAUAAAACAAAAAAUUAAUAAAUGUUUUCAUCUCUGUAUCGUGAA